CUCUAAUAUAUUACCACUCAUUUUUGUUUUGUUUUAAUGUUGUUAGUUUGAUAAGGUUUGUUAUGAUUUGACCUGUUAAGUCUACUUUGAUUCAACAAACUAAAAAAAAAACAUAUCUAUAAUCAAAUAUCUCAUCCUUCUUCUUCUCUCUAAUACAGAUUCGGGUUUUAAUCCAUGGCGGCUUUGAGUUACUGUUCGAGUUUCGGGUACCAUAAUGAUCAUCAGCAAGACUACUUCAACAUUUAUCCUCAAUCUCAAGCAGAUGUUACCACUGAUCAGCUCUUCGAUUGGCAGGAUAAUGAUUGCUUUAAUGCUGUUUCGGAUUCGAGUUUUGUCAACCCUUUAUUCGAAUAUGAUGAGUUUUUCUAUUCGGAUUCAUACACUAAUCUCCUUCCGUAUUUCUCAUCUUCUGAUGAUGAUUUAGUCUCACUCACACCUGACAUUUUUCCUCUUCAAGAACCACAAUUGGAGUCUUAUGAUUACCCGAAACGCCAAAAAAUCUAUUCUGAUGACUGCCAGUCUACUCUUGUACCAACUUUCUUUGAUGGAUAUGUUUCGAAUUCUGAUCCUGUCCCGGGUUUCUACCCGGAAAUUCCUGCCUCGUUGCCGAAGUUUGAGGCUCCGGCGUCGGGUUUUAGUGUAGGGAGGAGUGAUCAGCAGAGUAGUAAUGUGAAGAAGGCUAAUGGUGAAAGCUUGUCCGCUCAGAGUAUUGCUGCUAGAGAGAGGAGGAGGAAAAUAACUGACAAGACUCAAGAGCUUGGAAAACUGAUUCCUGGUGGUAAUAAAAUGAAUACUGCUGAAAUGCUUCAAUCUGCUUCCAAUUAUGUCAAGUUCUUGCAGGCUCAAACUCGGCUUCUUCAACUCGUGCAAUUUACUUCUCAGGAAAAGAAGUUAGAUUUGCAUAAAAAUGAAAUCCAAGUUCUUCUAGCAUCUUCAACAAUUCAAGAAAAGUUGUAUUCUCAAGAGAAAUGUUUGGUUCCAAAAGAAUUUCUUGAAACCAUAGUGAAUGAUCAAGAGAUUCAAUCAACACCGUUUAUCACUGAUGAGAUUGAUCGUUUGCUGCAGUAUGAUAGAGCUUCUUAAUUAAUUUUUUUGAACAAAUUAGUGCAUUUUUUGUUUGCAUUAAUUUGUUUCUACUAUGGUUAAUUAGGCUCUGUUGUUGUUAUCUAAUCAUGUAUUAGGUGCUAAUUAUGAUCAUUUGUUGUUUGUAGUUUUUGCUAAUCUUAGAUAGGAGCUAAUCAUGUUGUUCCUUAGUUUUAGGUUCUAAUCUA